AUGAUGAAUCCCAACGAGGGAUCGGAGGAAAAGGCAGCCCAAAAGGCCGCGCAGGGUGGUGAACCAAAGGUAGCCCUGGCGAGUGAACAGAAUAACACACCGAAAGAAACCCAAACGGGUCCGCAGAAAACCGAGCAGAGGAGCCCCUGCCCAGGUGGCCCCAAGCAGGAUAAUGCGGACGAGAACAAAGAAGACACGCAGAAAAACGUAAAGGAUUACAAUAACAUUAAUGACAUCAUCAGUUACAUUAUUAAAGUCGGGGUGUGGGAAAUGUACACGUACGAAUGGCUAAUGAACAGGAAAACUUUCCUUUACUACAAUACAUAUGUAGAGAAUUAUUUUUUUUAUGACAAAAACAACAAUUUGACGCCGUUUAAUGAAAAGUACUUUUUUUUAUAUGUAACUACAUUUGAUAACACCGAUUUUGUAUCUAGCUUUUUUUUUAAAAAAAAUAAAAUAAAAAGCAUAAAAUUAAGUAGUUUCACAAAAACUAUGCAAGGAAGGAGAAAAAAACAGGAAGAUCGGUACACAGUCAUUAACGAUAUGACCAAGUACAUAGAUCCUUAUGAUUACAAAACUUUAUUUUUAUACAAAAGAAAUCCAUUUUAUUGCUUUUCCGUAAUUGAUGGGCACCGAGGUAUAAAGGCUUGCGAAUAUUGUAUGACCCACAUUGUGAAAAAUAUUAUUUACUACUUUUAUAAUCAAGACAAUGUCAGACAGGAUGAAUUUAAACUUGGCUCCUCGUCUGCCAAAAAGGAUAAAAAACAGGAUCCCGCUGAUGGUCAAAAUUGCGCGGAUAAAGGAGGUACACAUAAAAGGGAGGUUCAGGGCACAGCUGCCAAAAGACACAGCCGGGACGGAAGCCAAAAGGAUGAAAAUAAAAAUCGUGAUGAUACGAGCUCCACAGAAAUCUCCCGCCAGGACUCUUCCACAGGGGAUGACAAGAAAGACUCGCCAUCACUGAGCAACACACAAGAGAGCGAAAAGGAAGAAGGUAGAAGCAAGGACAAACGCGCGAUGGUAAAUGACGAAAUUUCAAAAACUAAGAAAAGAAGAAUAGACAGCAGCGAUAUUACAGAGAGUGAAGACAAUCCAUCACAGAGAGUAAGCGAAGAUGACAACAAGAAGCGUAACGAGGGAAAGGUAAGCGCCGAUUCUGAUGGACGCUCGGGAGAAGAAAAGGACCAAUGCAACCGUAACUCCAUAACGGAGGAUGAGGCAAAAAUAACCAGCACCAGUACUAGCAUAAGUAACCAAAAAAAACUUGUAUUUUUAGAAGAUCUCACAGAUGAAGAAAUCAUCAAUUGUAUAAAACUCGCUUUCUUAAGAACAGAUGAACAGUUCCUUAAAAUUUCCAAAUUCCCCAAUCAUGGCUGCACGGUCAUUGCCCUCAUUGUACUAAAGAACAAAAUGUUUAUUGCCAACCUUGGGGACUGCCGGGCAAUAGGCAUCGUCAACGUAAACGAUACCUUGAAACCGGAAAUGUUGUCGCAGGACCAUAAACCCCAUGAACCCAAGGAAAGGGAGCGGAUAAAAAAAAUGGGAGGCGAAGUCAUCUGCAUGCAGAACGUGUUCAGGGUUAAGGCUAACGCGAAGAAGACCACUUCGGACCAUUCCAAUUUGCUGGAGCGCUUGCCAAUGAAGGAGGAAGUUUACCUUGCAGUUUCCAGAGCCAUAGGAGACAAAGACUUCAAAGAAAACAAUGUAGUGUCAGCCCUGCCGGAUGUUACCUGCAGAGAGCUGUGUCCCGCAGAUACAUAUUAUGAGGACUCGGAAAAGGCAAGUGUUGAAUGUUCCGACUUGACGAUAAACGCUAAGGUGAAAGAAGAUUAUUUCAAAGAAGGUGAACCAUUUUAUUUCUCCGCGGACGAGAUGAAUUAUCUGUUUGUUGUUCUAGCUUGUGAUGGAGUGUGGGACACCCUGUCCAAUAAGGACGUGGCCCAGAUUUUGCAAACCUACCAGCACGACCCGGACAAGGCCUGCAGUGAAAUCAUAAAAACUGCGUAUGCCUGCGGAAGCCAGGACAACAUAACCGCCCUUAUUUUAAAAUUAUACUGA